CUUAUUCCUCGCCGUCGCUUCCUAUCCUAACUCCAAAGUCCAAACAAGCAGCGAAUCAGCGAUCGCACGCACCAAAAACAUAUGGCGAUGGCGACGGUGAAGCUGAGCUCCCCGGCCGCAGGCUUGCUCGCUGGCGGCCGCCCCCGCCGAUCCGCGCCCGCCCGCCGCGCCACGGUGAUCCGCGCCGCCGCCGGCUCCUACUCCGAUGAGCUCGUCUCCACCGCAAAAUCUGUUGCUUCCCCUGGGCGUGGUAUUCUGGCAAUUGAUGAGUCAAAUGCAACAUGCGGAAAGAGAUUAUCAUCCAUUGGUUUGGAGAACACAGAAGCUAACCGCCAGGCUUACAGGCAGCUUUUACUGACAACUGCUGGCCUUGGUGAAUAUAUUUCUGGAGCUAUACUUUUUGAGGAGACUCUUUAUCAAUCAACUACAGAUGGCAAGAAGUUUGUUGACUGCUUGAAGGAUCAGAAUAUCAUGCCUGGCAUCAAGGUUGACAAGGGUUUGGUUCCAUUGCCUGGAUCCAACAAUGAAUCAUGGUGCCAAGGUCUUGAUGGUUUGGCUUCAAGGUGUGCUGAGUACUACAAGCAGGGGGCACGCUUCGCCAAGUGGAGGACUGUUGUUAGCAUCCCUUGUGGUCCAUCUGCAUUAGCAGUCAAGGAAGCAGCAUGGGGACUUGCUAGAUAUGCUGCUAUUGCUCAGGACAAUGGGUUAGUGCCUAUUGUGGAACCAGAGAUCCUUCUUGAUGGAGACCAUGGGAUUGAAAGAACUCUUGAGGCGGCAGAGAAAGUGUGGUCUGAGGUAUUUUUCUACCUGGCCCAAAACAACGUUCUGUUUGAGGGUAUCCUGCUGAAGCCCAGCAUGGUCACCCCUGGAGCUGAGCACAAGGAGAAGGCUUCCCCAGAAGCCAUUGCGAAGCACACACUAACAAUGCUUAGGAGGAGAGUGCCACCUGCUGUUCCUGGAAUCAUGUUCCUUUCUGGUGGACAGUCCGAGGUGGAGGCGACUCUGAACCUGAACGCAAUGAACCAGUCUCCAAACCCGUGGCACGUGUCUUUCUCCUACGCCCGGGCACUCCAGAACUCGGUGCUUAAGACAUGGCAGGGGCGCCCCGAGAACGUGGAGGCGGCGCAGAAGGCUCUGUUGGCGCGCGCAAAGGCCAACUCGCUGGCGCAGCUUGGUCGCUACACUGGCGAGGGUGAGAGCGAUGAGGCCAAGAAAGGCAUGUUCCAGAAGGGCUACACCUACUAAUGUGGCGGGAAGUUUUCCAUGAUAUGCAUAUAUCAUUUUGGUGUCACGUUUUUUUUUUGAACACUCAGAGUGAAUAAUCACCAACUUGUUGCCUUGUUGGCGCCAGGGACUUCUAGCACCAUUAGCAUUUGGAGAAACCUUAGAGCUUCAAGUAUUUUCUUGAGAACAAACUCUUACUGUAUGCAGAGAAAGUUGAUGUAUUCCAGUCUGGUUAAUUUCAGUCGUACAUGCGAGAUGACGGAUGCCAGCUGCACAGGUGCACUGAGCUGGUUGCAUUA